AUGUUUAACCGAUAUUCUCUUAUCAUUUCGGGUAUAAUAUUCCUUAUAUCGUUGGCAAAUGGAUAUCCAUCAAAUGAUAUAAAUAAUAAAUGUGUUAAUUAUUGUUCAAAUGAUGCUCUUUGCUUAAUUAUUAACAAUAAUCCCCGAUGCUAUUGUUUGCCUGAAUUUGAUGGAGAACGUUGUCAAAUGAUUCGAACAACAAAUAGAAAUACUCGAAUCAAAUUUAAACAAAUUACUGAAAAUAAUCCAAUCAACCCUCUAUGCAGUUAUGUACCAGAUUUAUGUCACAAUGGAGGGACUUGUGAUGUCGAAGAAUCUGCAAGCGGUCCAAAAUUUAUUUGUCGCUGUCCAAUUUCGUAUGAUGGUUCACGAUCGUGUUAUCAACACUGCUUCAACAAUGGCAAUUGUACCCUAGAUGCUACUAAGAAUCCAAUUUGUACAUGCACUGAGAGCUUUGCACCUCCUCGCUGUAUUGCUUUUACAACAACAACGGCCGGACCAACAACAACGAUGACAACAGGAUCAACUACAACGAAUUUUAUUUCGGAACCAAGUUCUGUCGUACCAGAACGUACAACCUCACCACCUCUAUCAGAGAAAACAACUCUAUCAAGUCGACCAGGAGAUACAACUCCAUCACCAACGCAACCACAAACAAAUUCACCUCCAGAUAAACAUUGGCUAGAUUUACAAUAUCAUGAUGCUGAUAAACAACUUAUUAAGAAACCAAAUGAGGUUGAAAUUGACACAAUAGAUUAUCCUCCAUGGACCAGAAAUAAUGAUAUAGUAGAUCGUAUUCAAGGAUCGAUGUUUGGUUUAGCUAUCGGUGAUGCUCUAGGUGCUCAUGUGGAAUUCAGACCUCACAGCUAUAUGGAAGCCAAUCCAGUCAAAGACCUUCAAGGGGGAGGGACAUGGGGUCUCGAAAAAGGACAGUUUACCGACGAUACAUCGAUGGCUCUUUGUUUGGCUAAUUCAUUGAUAGCUAGUCAAGGUUUUAAUGCUUAUGAUCAAUUGGUGAGAUAUAAAUGGUGGUAUCGACAUGGAUACAUGUCAUCCACUGGUCAUUGUUUUGAUAUUGGCGUUGCCACACGACAUUCUAUUCAAGAAUUUGAAAAACGUCAAAGAAAAUUUUCAGAAGAGUUCAACAUUGAUAUUGAUCAACUAGACUCUUAUUCUAAUCCUCACUUUCUUCAAUCCUUUAAUGUAAACUGUAGUGAAGAUGGAGUAGCUGGUAAUGGAUCUCUAAUGCGUCUCGCACCAGUACCUCUUUUCUUCUAUAAAGAUCCUGAAAAAGCUAUUGAAUAUUCAGGUAAAAGUGGUCAAAUUACACAUGGAGAUAAAAAAGCUAUUGAUGCAUGUCGUUAUUAUGGAGCAUUAAUUGUAGCUACUCUCAAUGGCAAGAAGAAAGACGAACUAAUCAGUGAUACAUUCUUUAAUAAUUAUAAAAAAUGGUUUGGAAAUGAAGAUCUUCAUCCGGAUAUAUUAAGUAUUGCUCAAGGAUCAUACAAGAAAAAUGGUGGCUAUGAACAAGGAAUUCGAGGUAAAGGAUAUGUUGUCAAUAGUCUUGAAGCUGCUCUAUGGGCAUUUUGGAGUGAUGGCGAUUCGUUUGAGCAAGGUGUUCUCAAUGCUGUUAAUCUAGGUGAUGAUACUGACACAACAGCAGCUAUUUAUGGACAAUUGGCUGGUGCUUACUAUGGUUAUGAACAAUUGCCUAAAAACUGGUGCGAUUUUAUUUAUGCAAAAAAGUUCCUUGUAUGUGUAAGUAAUUGGAUUGCCUAUGAAGGAGAAAAAUGGUUUAAAAAUCAGAAAAUGCCAUAUACGAUUGAGUCAUUAAUUAAUUCCUCAUCAAUGAAUCUAAAUAAGACAUCUAUUUCCUCGAUAAACUUAAAUAAAGAAUCAUGUUUAAACCAUGAUAAUCAAUCAAAUAACAAUGUUUCCUUGACACAUAACCAGAUGGACAGUAUUGAACGCAAAGCAAUCGAUUCUUCUGGUCGUAUCGGAUCUCUCUACGAUGCGUGUCGAGAUUGUAUUGUAGAAUCACCACAUAUCGAUUUUCAUUUUAAUGAAAAUAAAGCACACUCACAGACAAAAUGUGUCGUUGAGACUGGAGAUAAAAUUGAAUUUCAAAAUCUUCUUCAGUUGAUCGGAUUUAACAAUGAAUUUCAAUUGAGCUUGCUAUUAAAUACUGUUUUACCGAUGGGUAUUGCCUUAGUCAUCGAAUAUCCAUAUUUAAUCGAUGAAUACACUCGCAUUUUCUAUUAUUCUUAUACGAUUCGACAAGAAUGUUUAUCUAUGGAUGUUGACAACCUUCAAAAGAGUAUUCAACAAUCAACAUCGAAAGAUAUUGCUACUCAUAUUAUUACGGCAAUCGAUGUUGGCAUUGAUGUUGUUGUCAUAUUAAGAUUGAUCCCUGACAAUCAAAAAGUGAUCGAUAAUACAUUAAAUAAAAUAAGAGAAUGUUUAAUUAGUAAUACGAUAUUACCUGAUGAAGUUUCGUUUGAUGGAAUUUUGUCAACACAUAUUUAUUCGAAUAUUCCUGACUUAAAUAAUAAGACUAAAUUAUUAGAUAUUUACCAUGAUAUAUGCAAAUUUAAAAAUAAUUCUAAUUCAUGUCGACCAUCGACUUAUAUUCUUAAACAUAUUGAAGAAUUUCAUAGUGAUAAAGAUAAAAUUUGUUCUAGAUUUACUCCAAUUGAACCGAAAAUUGUACAAAAUAUUGAGCAAAAUUUAAUUCGAUUAUUGUGGCUCAAAAAAAUUUGGAAAGCAACUCUUGAUAAUCAGACAUCCAAUAUAUUGAAUAAAUAUCUCAAAGAACAAUUACAAGCAGCAGAAAACCAAUCAUCAAAAUUAAUUGAUCGAUAUGAAAAUGAAAAGAUAAAAUUACAAAAAAUGAUUGUAAAUUUACGUUGUAGUAAAGAUACACAAAAUGUAAUCGAACAUAAUUUAUUUAACGAAGAUAUUCAAACAACAUUAAAAGAUAGUAUCGAUGAUUCUAUAUUAAGUUUGACACGUUUAAAAGAAAAAGUAGCUUUUAUCAUCAAUUUACAACAACGAAAUAUUGAAUAUCAAAAUGCAAUUGAAUUUAGUAUCGAACAAAGUGACAAUGAUAAUAUCAUCGAAGAUAAACUACUGAAAAAUAAUUAUCAACAACGUAUUAUAUGUUCAAACGAUCAAUUAAAUAAGAAUAAUUAUCAUAAAUUGGAUGAAUUAUUUUCAACUAUGUUGAACGAAAGAAAAUCGAAACCUUAUUUAAAUAUAGUUUAUGUCGAUUUUACUUAUUCUAUGUUUGAGUUAAAUGAAAUAAAAAUAAUUCCUUCAAUCAACAAUACUGAAAAUAUCAAUGAAAGAAUAUCGUUAUUAACAAAUAAGAAAGACAUAUCUGAUCAACCUUCAAUAUCAUCUACUGAUGAUCAAACAAUCAAUAUUCUUCUUCUAGGUAAAUCAGGAGUUGGAAAGUCAACAUUAAUUAAUACUUAUAUUAAUUAUCUUAAAUUCAAUAAUUAUGAAGACAUUAUAUUGCAUAGAUCACCUUUGUAUGUAAUUAUUAAAUGUGCAGAUUUAAUUAAAAAUGCAUUUGAAGAACAUGUUGUGCAUUUGACUAAUGAUGAUUCUAAUGAAAAUUAUGAUUAUCAUGAUCAAUCAAUAACACAAAAUUGCAAAUCAUAUUAUUUUAAUAUUGAUAAUAAUAAUAAUAAAAAGUUAUGUUUUAUUGAUACACCUGGAUUUAGUAAAAACGAUUAUAAAAAACAAGAUGAAUUAGUCAUGCAACAAAUAUUAUCAUCUAUCAUUAAUUUAACACAUUUAAAUGCUAUUUGUAUUCUUCUGGAACCAAAUGAUAAACAACUCGAUGUAUAUCGAACAUGUUUAACAUAUUUAUUUAAUUUUCUUGAGUUUGAUGCUAUGAAAAAUUUAAUAUUUUGUUUCACUAAAACACUUUCUCAUACAAUUAAUUCAAAUGAAUUAUCUCAAACAGUCAAAACAAUCCUUAAAUCAAUUCCAGUUAAUAAUAUUCCUUUUAAGGAUACAAAUAUAUUUACUUUUGAUAGUACUUUUUUUCGUCAUUUAACUAUCGAACGUCAUUUAACCAUAUCGGAUAAUCAUCAAAAUGAUAUAUGUAAACAAAGUUGGCUUAUUUCACAUAAUGGAUGGAAUCAUCUUCUAGAUUAUGUUAGUAAUAAUCUUCAGCCUUAUUUUCUUGAUAAAGGAUUGAAAAAAAGAGAAUAUAUUAAACUCGAAAUAAAUCAAUUAAUUCGUCCCAUCGUGGAAACAAUAAGAAAUAAUAUGCGAAAUAUUCUAUUGUGGAACAUAGGUCAUACAGAUUAUUCGAUUGAAUUGCAUCCAAUAUCUGUUAAACAUUCUUCUACUCUAUGUUAUUCAUGCAAAUAUAAUUAUCAACAAUGUGGAAUUUUCUGGAUAAUAUAUCAUUAUUCACACAAUUACACAAACAAAUGUCAUACUUGUUCGUGUGAUUCAAAUAAUCAUAUGCAUAUCGAUUAUCAACUUGAAUAUAAAUAUCAAUUUAAUCAAAUAAAUAAUCGAUGUAUAAAAAAAUUAACUUCUUCCAAUGAACUUCUUCAAAUAAGUAUCAAUUUAGUUCAUUUUCUAAUGUAUGUUAUGCAUAUGACAGAUAAUGAUCCAUUUUUAUUCAAUUUAAAUCGAAUUAUUAAUGAAGAAAAUUUUAUUUGUAACAAUAUAUCUUCUCAUCAUUUCAAUUUAUUAUUAUAUAAUCAACUUCGAUUAUUAAAACAAGACUAUGAAAAACAAAUGAAUAAUAUUAUAGAAAAACGUGUACAAAAUGAAUCUAGCGUUAUUGAAAAUAUCAAUGAUUCAAUUGCAUAUCUUAAACAAAUUCCCAUGAUUAAAAUACAAUUGGAUGCUGCUAGAAAAAUACAAGAAACUUUUCUAUAG